ACAAGCCUGAUGGUUGCCAGCGGGCUGGGAUGAAGAUCUGAGGAGUGAGAUUCCUGCAGAGGGAGGGCAAUGCGUGUAGCACUGAGGCCUCGCAGCGGCUGCCUGCUGCUCUGCCUGCUCCUGUCUGUGGUCACCCUGCUGCUGCAGGGCCUGCUGGUCCCACUGGAGACGAGCAGUGAUGAGCCUGCUGGGAGAUCACCAGAGGAGCAGGGUCCUCGAGGUCCUGGCCUCCGCAGGCUGGCUCUUCGUCUGGAGGCGCUGAGCACUCAGAUGCAGAGGCUGAAUAAAGACAGAGACCAUGUCCAGCUGAGCAGGAAUGACCUCCGUGACCUCCUGCAGAGCUUCAGACAGGACCAACAAGGCCUGGCCCUCUUCGUGGAGAGGGAGCUGCAGAGAGUGUCCCAGAAGCUGGAUCAGCUCGGCCGCCAUCAGCACCAUCACCACGAGGACCACAGCCCAACUCCAGGAGGCCGCCGCAGCCCGCACACAGGACCCAGCACGAAGUGCGAAGUGCCAUCGGAUCCUGCGUAUCCAGUGUGUGCAGAGAAAGUGGAGUUCCUGCAGGCUCAGUGGCGGUCGGACCCAUGCUAUGCUUUCUAUGGAGUGGACGGUACCACAUGUUCCAUUCUGACUUAUCUCAGUGAGAUAGAAGACUUCUGUCCACCUCGUCUGGGAGGAAACCAGUCUGAACCGCCGUGGCAUCACAAACCUAAUUUUAACACACAAAAGGCAGAACCUCGCACCACUCUGGAGCCACUGUACGAGCUGAUCAGCAACAGCAGCAGCCCGGCCGUCCGCUUCAUCCGAUCCAGAGUCGAAAGAAUGUCAGAGCGCUGGAUAGACGCCGGUCUGAGGCUGAAGCAAAGCAGCAACAAGACCGUCCCGAUCCAGAUGAAGGUGCUGCUUUACCCCGGAGCCCUGGCUGGAAGUGUUAGCCAGCGUUUUGCCGCCAUGGUGGACAGAGGCGGGCCUCUCGGCGAGUUGGUCCAGUGGGCUGACCUCUCCGCCUGUCUGACCAUUCUGGGCCACGACCUGACCUUCAGCACGUCCCAGAGCCACCUGCACAGCCUCAUCGGUGCGGCUCCAGGCCGAGGCAGCUGUCCAAUCCAAAGAGCCCUGACCUUUGACCUCAUCUACACCGACUACCACGGGCUCGCUCACCUCAAAGGAGCGAUGGGACUGGCUUUCCAGCACUACCAGUGCCGCUUUAGAAUCCUGGAUUCAUUUGGAACGGAGCCGGCCUUCAACCUGGAGAGCUAUGCACUCAGCCACGGUUAUAAGACACUGUGGGGCAGCUGGGGUCUCCAGCCUCUGCAGUACAUGACCAUGUUCCCUCAUACUCCAGAUAACUCUUUUCUGGGCUUUUCAAGUGAGGAUGCAGUGAGACGGGAGGUCAGGGAGGACGAACUUCAACCAGAGAGCUACAGAAAAGACAGGAUAGCAGUGAUCUAUGGCAAACAGGACUACAUGUGGCAGGGAAAAUCUGAUUAUGUGGAAGUGAUCAGCGAGCUGCUGGAGACUCACGCCACAGUGUACGGGCCGUUAGGACACUCCUCAAACCUCCCCAGUUUCGUCAGAAACCACGGAUUGCUGAGUCAGGAACACUUCCUGCGACUCCUCCGGAGAGCCAAGGUAUUUGUCGGCCUCGGAUUUCCCUACGAGGGUCCAGCUCCUAUUGAAGCGAUAUCUCUUGGCUGCGUCUUCCUCCAGCCGCGGUUUGACCCUCCGCAUUCACCAGAAAACAGCGAGUUCUACAGGGGCAAGCCCACCACAAGACAGAUAACCUCUCAGCACCCGUAUGCCGAACAUUCCAUCGGGAAGCCUUACGUCUGGACCGUGGACGCGACCAACAGGAGCGACGUUCGGGAGGCGCUCAGAGCUAUCCUGAGCACGGAGGUGAAGUUGUUCACUCCUCAGGAGUUCACCUGUUGGGGAAUGCUGGAGCGGGUUCACGGUUACGUCACACACCAGAACUUCUGCAGUAAAUCAGCCCCUUCUUGGCCACCAGAAAGUUCUCUGAGGCUGCAUCUGGGCCCGCUGGGUCAGUCCUGUGUGAGUGUGUGUCAGAGAUCCUCCCUCUUGUGUGACCCAGCACUGUUUCACCACCUGAACACCCCUGCAGUAUUUACCAGGCUGGGCCUUGGUUGCUCCAGCACGGUGCAGGACGCCGACCACCUGUUCCCCUCCUACAGCCCGUGGGGUCGUCACUGCGCUCUGCAGCAGGAGCCCCUGCUGUUCAGCUGCAGCGGCUCGGACCCGACACGCCGCAGGCUGUGCCCCUGCAGAGCUCACCUCCACCGGACUCGGUGAACAGCAGCCGAGGAAUGAUGACUGAAGUGAUGACAGAUGAUGGAUUCAAUUCUUUGAGUGUUGUGGUGCCAAACUAAAUGUCUGAUUGUUGUCGUAGCUUUCCAUCGACCUCCUGAGCAAAUAGUAACGACAAGAUGCACUUUAAGGGAAAUGUUGUUGGAUGUAUGUAAAUGAAGUGAAAAGUGUAACCGCAGAAUCAAAAGCCACUCAGGUCGCAAUGUCUAGCUUUCCCUGUACUCCAGAUCGCCAAAUGCACAGCACCCUGUGAUAUUUUGUUUAAUAAGUAUGUAAUUAUUCAUUGGGUUACAGUAAUGCAUCACGCUGGUCAGCGUUUCAUGGGAUUCUGGUUCUCGUAGCUCCUCGGUGCUCCGCCGACUGCAGAUAUUAGCCGGGGCCUCAAAGGAGAGCGGCUGACAGCCUAAGUGAUGAGGCUCAUUAUCGGAGUGAAUCAUGGAUAACCUCCGAAUGCCUCUGGGAGGUCACGGCCGUAUGACCGUGAUUAUACUGUCAUAUAAACCGUUGGUUCCCAAACGGUUUGGACCGAGGAAACCCCCUCAGCUCUGUUUAAAUCCACUCCCCCUGCCACUCCGGGCUGAACUUCACGUUUAUCUUCAAAACACAUAUUUUAUAAUUGGACCAGG